CUAUAUAAACACAGGUAACAGUUCUACGGGUAAUCCAUAAUAAGGAAAGACAAAAUGGAGUUGGGAAGGAAACUUAAGUUUUGUGUGGCUAUUUCUGUUGUAGCGUUGAUAAUUAAAAUCAUCGCAACCGCUAGUCCAGGAUGGACAGUGGUCCACACAGAUGUUUACUUCGAUUCAAAGGACGAUAUCAAACCUGAAGAUGAUGGUCUUCGUGUAGAUGAAUCUGAGUUGAUGAAACCAAGAAAAGAGAGGGUUACCAUUUAUUUUGGUUUGUGGUACUACAAAGUAUGUAAAUGUGGUGGAGGCGAGGACGACGACGACAGUAGCGAAGAAAAAGAUAGCAGCGAAGAAGUGCCAAUUGCAAAAGACGAGGCAUUCAAGGGUGACAUGGAUACAGAAGACGAAGAACGCAAACGACACCAUCACCAUCACAAAAGACAUCACCACGGGCACCAUAGAUGUUAUCACAGAGGUUACCACUGUGACAAAAAAAGGGACGAUGACAGCCGGGAGAAGGAUGACGCCAUGGACGAUUUAAACGAUGAUGUCUAUAUGAUACCCGGAGAAUUUAAUCCUGCCGCUGAAUUCAUCAAAGGGUCUGUUGAUGUAGCUAGACAUGCCCGACAUGAGCUAGCAUGGUAUGCAGCUGUUGGUCUGGUACUUGGACUGAUCGGAUUUAUUGGAGCUGUCUUUUAUGCACGAGGAGGGGGAAUGGGAAAACAUCCUGGAAGACUCGCAUGUUCUACACAAAUCCUGUCUGCCUUUUUCUUCUGGAUGGUCAUCAUUAGAGUAGCUUCGUACUACAUGAUGCUGAAGAAGAUGCACCAUCAUGGAGGUGACAAUAGCAUGUUAGGUCUUGAUGGCAUGACAAAAGACAUAGGAUUUGGAUGUCCAUGGUGCCCAUGGGUAGCCGCUGUAGGAGCAAGCGCAAUGGCACUGGCGUCAUUGUUCCAUAUGAUGUUAAUUUCCCGUGACAGGAGUAACCAACGAUCGGAGUAUUCAUUCCACACUCACAACGAUAAGAUCCCCAUCAUUGCUCCACGUGGAUAUGACCAGCUGGUAUUUCCACCCAUGUACGAUGAAGCAGGACCGCUACCAGAAAAGAAAGUUAUUCCUUAAUUUUGUAUAAUUUGUGAAUUCAGUGCAGUUUCAUCUUUAAGAAUCUCCUGGCUUAGUAAACAAAUUAAAUUAAAUUGGAAAUAACAAUUUUCGGAAAAGAACCUUGUGUCGAUAUCUUUCUCUUUGAUAUAUAUAUAGGAACAAUUUUUCCUUUCUGUUUUCUGUUUUAUUCUUUGUAUUGUAUUAUUUUGAGUUGUAUGCAUAUUUUCGAAGAUUUUAUUUAACGAAUUAACUUACCUUUUUCAAUGUUGUUGGUUGUUUGUUGUUACAGAAAUCUAUGUGUACUCGAGUAGGGAACAAAGCUGGCCUGUUUGUUAUUAUGAAGACUAACUGGAUUAGUCGGAAUUUAUGAAAGUCGUUUAAAAAUAUUUUGUACUUUUUCUCAAUAAAUGUUGAAUAAA